UGGCGUAUAAUUAAAGCGAGGCGCUGCAGGGAAUGCGAAUGAUGCACAUUUUGCGGUGACGAAGAAUUUCUCGUUUUGUUAAGAUUAAUGUUGAACAUCAUAAUGUUCAUUUCCUAUUUUAUUUCCUGAUAUUUCAAUCAUAGUAUGGCAACAAACAUAGCGAGGAACCAGUCUGCACCCGUGCAUUUCACUCUGCUCAAUGACAAUGUCGUACCGAAAAAUAUCGAAAAUAAGUUAGAGAUUUCCGAAACUUCAAAAUGUGACGACACAGUAGAGGACGAUGUCUUUGCAAACGAAAACGACACAAAUAUCUCCAAAGAUCAACAAACGACCUGUUUAACAGAUAUUGCGAGAGGAAAUGAUCAAAAUGCAAUUAACACCACGUUGGCAAAUAAUGUCAUUACUCCACCAGAUGUAUCAUCUGUAGUAAGCAGUCCUACAUCAAUUAUACCAGCAACAACAAGUACCACAACAAGGAGACCAUCAUACACAUCGAAAGCUCCAUCCGCACUAACUAAUUUGCCAAAAACCAUAGAUGAGAUUAAUAACUCACCAAGCAAUUCUCUUCAGUCGUUUGGUCUGAAUACAGCUCCUUCAUCUGGCUUUGAAAAUACUGGCAUACGAUCAUCGGCAAAGGAAUUAUUAAGUCUUCAUGGUCAAGCCAGUUUUGAAAGCUUGGAUGAAUACUCCAACCCUGGGACCCCUACUACCAUUGGAAUUGCUCAUAGUCCAAGUACCUUGCAUGGUGCACAGCAGUCCUCAAGACAACGCGAGAGAGCAAAAUUAAGAACUGAAGUGAUUAGUCGUGGCAGAUGGGAAUGUGCAGUACAGGCUCAAGUACUAACAGUAAAAUGUAGAGACAAAAUAGGGGAACUUCACAAAUCAAAAUUUGGUUCUGGUUCAAAGGGGAAGUGUAUCAAGGUUGAAGACAAGUGGUAUGCACCAAUUGAGUUUGAAGCACUGUCAGGAAGAGCUUCAUGUAAAGACUGGAAGCGCAGCAUUCGAUUUCAUGGCCACCACCUGCAAAAAUUAAUAGAAGAUAAUUAUUUGACUUUGCAUGCUAUAUCAUGCACUUGUGGAAUAUGUUGUGGAGAUGAAACACUGACAGGGCCUGUCAAGCUAUUCCAGUCAGUGAAACGAAAAAGGUCACUUGUCAACAACAACUUGUUGUCAUCACCUGGACCAAUGAAAAGAAAGUCUAUAAGUGAAGAAAACAGAUAUUUCAGGGAGCGCGCAGGGUCCUAUUCUGUCGAAAGUGAAGUGUUUGUCCUUGGUGCAGAUGACAGUGGAAUGCCACCGAUGACACCAUUAACACCUAUGACACCUCUUACACCACACACACCAUUUGGUGCCAACUGCUUAACACCCUUACCAACUGCUGCAACCUUUCGACCUAGCUCCCCUCCAAAGUCUAUCACUUUACAAGUCCCUUUGACGCAGAAUGUACCUGUUAGUAGUUCAGUGAAACAAGACAUCAAUGAACAGAUGCAACAAAUGAUGCCACCACCACCAUCAUCAACAAAAGCUGAUAUAAAUAUACUUAGUCAACAACAUUGGAUCCACCUAGAAGAGAUGGCAUCUAAUCUUGUCAGUAUGGCAAACAAAUUGAAGUUGAUGGUUGAGCAAGUUAAAAUACAAAGUGAAGCAUUAAAAGAUAGUGCUGUAACGCAGGCAAAAAUACAAGCUGAAAAUGACAAGGCAGAGGCUGUUUCUCUGCUGCGAAGAGGACAACUACAGCAUGCCAUGCAAGCUAUUCCAAUAUCUGCUGCAUCAGAACCGGUUCCGAUCCAUCAAAAUUUCACGAUUCAAGUUUCGAAGGUUUGUCAAAACUGUGGUCGGGAAGCAUUCUUGGAAUGCACAGGUUGUAACAAGUCGUAUUAUUGUGGUCAGUUUUGUCAACAAAGAGACUGGACCAUGCAUAAAGCGAAAUGUCGUGAAAUGGCUGAAGAUAGUCAAGGGAGUAACAAUAGUAGCUUGAUACCUGUUGAUAAAUAGUUCUACGUAAACUUCUCUGUGAAUUUACUUCGUUGUUGCAAGUACUAGGAAAACUUUCAUACAUCUACGUAGAUAAAUUUGUACUUGUUCCAAACUAGCUGGUAGUAUUUUAAACGACUUGUAAUAUAGAGAAAAAAGGAUUUGUGUUAAAUUGAUAUGUCCUUUAAUUUAUAUAUUGUAUAUAGAGCUAGUAACUAUUUUUUUUUAAUAUUUUGUCUGAAACUUAAAUAAUGUCUUGUCUCACAAAGCGGGAUAGUUACUGCUGAUGGUAAGAUCAUAAUAUUUAUAAAAACCAAGUCAUCAAUUGAUCAAACGCGUUACUUCAACCGAAAUUUGCUCAGCACCAUUAUAAACUAGAAUCUAUCUGUAUUUAUGUACAUAAAAAAAUGAAUAUAAAACAUAACAUUUACCAUAUACUCUUGGUAAUAAUUUAUUUUUCUUAUUAUUUUUUGUCAGUUUGAUGAUUUUUAUAUAUAUAUAUAUAUAUAUAUAUAUCGGCGAAAGUGAAAACUUGGACCGAGCGAGAUUUGAAACAGCGGCUUAACUGUUGCUUACUGGUUACUUGUUGAUUAUCUACUUGGAUAAACCAUAUUUUCUUGUUUGCUUGCUCACCUCGAAUAUAGCGCCAAUCAACAUCAAACCCGUUUAAUCACGUCUAUGUUGAGCAACAUUUUUAUACAAGAACAUCUAAAUUGGAAUAGUUUAUUUAACCAUUAUGGUUAUAUUAAAUACAUCCUUUGUUAAUAA